AAAAAAAAAAGAGAGAGAGAGAAAAAACCUACUCUUCCCAGCAGCAGAGAAAUUCCAAAUUCUAUUUUCUCACCUCAAUUUCACUUUUAUAGCUUUUGGUUUUGAGCUUUGAAUCUUCAAACAGCAUUUAAAACCAACCCCUUCAGUGCGACCCAUCUCCGAAAUGUCGAGAUCCACGCGGGCAAAAUACAACUGUUAGAAUUCAGAAAAAAGAAGAAGAUAAACUCGCAUUUUCCCUUCUUCGAAAUCCCAUCCGAUUGCGAUUUUCUCCUGAUAAAGUAGUAGUAACAGCAGCUGAGGAAUGGCGUAUAGAGCCGACGAUGAUUACGAUUACCUCUUCAAGGUCGUUUUGAUCGGCGACUCUGGCGUCGGGAAAUCCAAUCUCCUGUCUAGAUUCACCAGAAACGAGUUCAGCCUCGAGUCGAAAUCAACGAUCGGCGUCGAAUUCGCUACCCGCAGCAUUCACGUCGACGACAAGGUUGUCAAGGCCCAGAUUUGGGACACCGCGGGUCAAGAGAGAUACCGUGCAAUUACAAGUGCAUACUAUCGAGGAGCUGUAGGUGCACUGCUUGUGUAUGAUGUGACCCGUCAUGUCACGUUUGAGAAUGUAGAGAGAUGGUUGAAGGAGCUCAGAGAUCACACAGACUCCAACAUUGUGAUCAUGCUUGUGGGGAACAAGGCGGACCUACGCCACCUAAGAGCUGUUACCACUGAGGAUGCCAAAGCCUUCGCUGAGAGAGAAAACACCUUCUUCAUGGAGACAUCUGCCCUGGAAUCUAUGAACGUGGAAGACGCAUUCACGGAAGUUCUUACUCAGAUUUAUCGUGUUGUCAGCAGGAAAGCGCUGGAUAUUGGGGAUGAUCCAGCAGCUUUGCCCAAGGGACAAACUAUCAACGUGGGUACCAAGGAUGAUGUAUCAGCUGUGAAGAAAGUUGGUUGUUGCUCUGCUUAGAGCAGGAAACGAGGGUAUGGAGGUGAUCUUAGGAUACUUCUCUACAGAAUUCCUGGUAAUGCUUUUCUCACACACAUCAAACUGUUAUUCUGUGCAUUGAGAUUUUAAACUUGCCUAUGGUAGCUGAAGAUGAGGAUCUAGAAUGCAGUGUUUUUUUCUUUUUUCCUCCCAUCUUUUUUUUUUAUUCUCUUUGCAUUCAAUGCAGGCGUCUUUGGUAUUACUUGAUUUCAAUUUUCUAUCAAUGUAUUACUUUUAAUCUUCGACUACCACAGUGAUCCGUUAUAUUUGGUUGUUUUUGGAUUACAUUGUAUUUGAACAAUUUUUUCUGUAUCAGAUUUGAUGAUUAGUUGGUUCUUUCCUGAUCA